GGUAUGCGGGUUGCGGGGCCUGGGGGCCGGGCGGCUGUUUCCUGUCCUGGUGCAUGGUGGUCGGACGAAGGAAUUGUUGGAAAAUUUUCUCGGAGGUAAAAAAUGUUGUUAGCCCAAAUAAAUCGAGACUCUCAGGGAAUGACAGAGUUUCCUGGAGGAGGAAUGGAGGCUCAGCAUGUUACCCUGUGUCUGACAGAGGCAGUAACUGUGGCAGAUGGUGACAAUUUAGAAAACAUGGAAGGUGUAAGCUUGCAAGCGGUAACACUUGCAGAUGGUUCUACUGCUUAUAUACAACAUAAUUCUAAAGAUGGAAAACUUAUAGAUGGCCAGGUCAUUCAGUUGGAAGAUGGUUCUGCUGCCUAUGUUCAACAUGUACCCAUUCCUAAAACUAGGGACAGUUUACGUCUAGAGGAUGGUCAAGCAGUGCAGUUAGAAGAUGGAACUACAGCAUUUAUUCACCAUGCCUCCAAAGAUAGUUAUGACCAGAGCGCGUUACAGGCAGUUCAGCUGGAAGAUGGCACCACAGCUUACAUCCACCACGCAGUGCAAGUCCCACAGUCCGAUACCAUCCUAGCAAUUCAGGCUGAUGGUACAGUGGCAGGUUUGCACACUGGGGAUGCCACAAUUGACCCUGAAACUAUCAGUGCUUUGGAACAGUAUGCAGCAAAGGUGUCCAUUGAUGGAAGUGAAAGUAUAACAGGUACUGGAAUGAUUGGAGAGAAUGAGCAAGAGAAAAAAAUGCAGAUUGUCUUACAAGGACAUGCAACAAGAGUAACUGCUAAAUCCCAACAGAGUGGAGAGAAGGCAUUUCGAUGUGAAUAUGAUGGAUGUGGAAAAUUAUAUACAACAGCUCAUCAUCUUAAGGUUCAUGAGAGGUCACACACAGGAGACCGGCCCUAUCAGUGUGAGCAUCCAGGCUGUGGGAAAGCAUUUGCAACAGGUUAUGGAUUAAAAAGUCAUGUCAGAACCCAUACAGGAGAAAAGCCAUAUCGGUGUUCAGAAGAUAAUUGUACUAAGUCCUUCAAAACUUCAGGAGAUCUACAGAAACAUAUCAGAACUCAUACAGGAGAAAGGCCUUUUAAAUGUCACUUUGAAGGCUGCGGUCGGUCUUUUACAACAUCAAAUAUCAGAAAAGUGCAUAUUAGGACACACACAGGAGAAAGACCAUAUUACUGUACAGAACCAGGUUGUGGAAGGGCAUUUGCCAGUGCCACCAAUUAUAAAAACCAUGUGAGGAUACACACGGGGGAAAAGCCAUAUGUUUGCACAGUCCCCGGGUUGUGACAAAGGUUUACAGAAUAUUCCAGUUUGUAUAAACAUCAUGUUGUUCACACUCACUCGAAACCAUACAACUGUAACCACUGUGGAAAGACAUAUAAGCAGAUCUCCACCCUGGCCAUGCACAAACGGACCGCCCACAAUGACACUGAGCCAAUCGAGGAGGAGCAGGAAGCCUUUUUCGAGCCUCCCCCAGGUCAAGGUGAAGAUGUUCUUAAAGGGCCCCAGAUCACAUAUGUUACAGGUGUAGAAGGGGAUGAUGUUGUGUCUACACAAGUAGCCACAGUAACACAGUCUGGGUUGAGUCAACAGGUUACACUCAUAUCCCAGGACGGGACUCAGCAUGUCAACAUAUCUCAGACCGAUAUGCAAGCCAUAGGCAAUACCAUCACAAUGGUAACGCAAGAUGGCACACCUAUCACAGUCCCUGCCCAUGAUGCAGUCAUCUCCUCAGCAGGAACACACUCUGUUGCUAUGGUAACUGCUGAGGGCACAGAAGGGCAGCAGGUUGCAAUUGUGGCUCAGGACUUAGCAGCAUUCCAUACUGCGUCAUCAGAAAUAGGGCACCAACAGCACAGCCAUCAUCUAGUAACCACAGAAACCAGACCUCUGACCUUAGUGGCGACAUCCAAUGGCACCCAGAUUGCAGUUCAGCCCUAUUUUACAGUGGGCAAUGUCAGAAGACUAAGAAGAAACCAUCCUCUGGGGAGUCAGUGGAUUCGAGCAGAGAAUCCAGAAUCCUAGCUUGGAGAGCAGCCAUCUCUGGAAGAAGCCAUCAGAAUAGCAUCCAGGAUCCAACAAGGAGAAACGCCAGGGUUGGAUGAUUAGUCCUGAGAGCAGUAAAGCACGAGGAGCCUUUCAUCUUCAGGCAGCAGAGAUCCAUGAAGGCCGGGGCCCCGGAAACAUGAGACAUUUUCCAUUCCUGAAACACUGUACACAUUUUUAUGCAAGAGUGGAGAACAUUUUAUGCUUGACACUUUUGUGUAUAUAACUCUUGAAAUAGAUUCCCAAAUUGAUUCAUUGUGUACAAGGAAGUAUGAAAUUAGGGCAAUACCGUAAAUUUUCACGUUAUUCUUUUAUCACACUGCAAACUCCGAGAGUCUUUAUGCAAGACCAGUGGAGUCUUACAGAGUCUUAUGAUGGAUUUUUAACUUACUGUGAAAAAAGAGUCAAAUAAAAGCUAUGCCUAAAAUGUCAAAAAACGUUCUAUAUGUCACACGAUCACAAUUCCAAAAGCCAUCAUGGGUAAUGAAAAUAAAGGAUGUAAAGCCUUCAAAUAUUUCCCGCAAUUAGAGUGUCUGCAGUUUUUGUUCUACUGUAUACUUGUCCCUUUUCAUUUGUACUUCAUGGUUUGAAGACUAUUCAUUAUAGUUUUCCAUCCCUGUUAAAUACCAACUCUUCAAGCAGAAAUACUAACCAUAUCAGCAAUACAUUGGAUUAUGUCUAAAAUUACAAAGUUUCCUUACUUAAAAUUAAAAAGUUAAAUCCAGUGCUUUGGUUUUGUUAAAGACUUUACUUAAGUGUUCUUGCUUGUGUUAACCAUUU